AUGCAGUGGGUCGACAACUGGGGUGCCAACCACUACGAUGGCUACGCCUUCAAGCAGUGGCUGCUCGACAACCACGACAUUGCCAUCUACGUUGCCGUUGGGUACAUCACCUUCGUUUUUCAGGCGCCCAAGCUGGUGUCCAAGUACCUGAACCUGCCCGCGAAUGCCAAGACCAGCCCCCUCGUGCCAGUUAUUAACAAGACCUGGGCCGUGUGGAACAUCCUCCUGUCCGCCUUUGCCUUUUACGGCACGACGCGCGUGGUGCCGCCGCUGCUGUACAACCUCAAAACGUACGGCCUGCACGACACCCUCUGCACCUUCCGCCCAGAUGAGUUCUACACGUCCGACGUCGGCGUAGCGCUAGGCCUCUUCACCAUCUCCAAGGUCCCCGAGUUCGGAGAUACCUUCUUCCUGGUCCUGAAGGGCACGAAGCUGCGCUUCCUCUCCUGGUUCCACCACACCGCCAUGUUCCUGUACGUGUGGCUCUCGUACGAGACCGGCAGCAGCACCCUCAUCUGCGCCGCUGCCAUGAACUACUUCGUGCACACCAUCAUGUACUUCUACUUCUUCCUGUCAGAGGCCGGCUUCAAGAGCCUCGCCCGCCCGUUCGCCAUGUACAUCACGCUGCUGCAGCUGGCGCAGAUGGUCGGUGUGAUGUUUGUGUCGGGCUACGUCAUUGUCCAGAAGUACAUCCUGGCUGACCAAGGUAUCACCGACGGCAUGACAGGGUCGUGCUCUGGCACCACCAUGGCAACGGCCCGCCUGCAGCUCGGCAUCUACACAGCGUUCCUCUACCUGUUCGGCGAGAUGUUCAUGAACAACCAUGUGCGCCCGCGCGCUGCCAAGAAAGCGGACUAA